UCACCCCGAUGGAGGACAGACUCAGUCAGGCGCACAACGAGGUCCAGCAACUGAAGGCAUCGGUUAAGUACUACGAGGGGAUGAUCGACAACUAUAAGAGUCAGGUGAUGAAGACCAGGUUGGAGGCUGAUGAAGUGGCUACCCACCUGGAGCGCUGCGGCAAAGAGAACCAGAUCCUUAAAGAUGAGAUGAACAAAGAGAUUGAAGCGGCACGGAGGCAGUUCCAGUCCCAGCUGGCUAACCUGCAGCAGCUGCCUGACAUCCUCAAGAUCACAGAGGCCAAGCUGGCAGAGUGUCAAGACCAGGUGCGGGGCUAUGAGAGGAAGAACGCUGACCUCACCACCAUCAUAUCAGACCUGCGCAGCCGGGUAAGGGGCUGGCAGAUAGGGUCCCACGAACUGGCCCGAGCAGGGGCCCGCCCACCAAGAUGAGCUGCGUGCCUCCCAAGGGAGGACCACUUCUUUCUCUUGGCUGCCGCUCUCUGACAGGAGUGAGCUCUCAUCAGUGCUGUGCAAUAGAAGUCUGGUGUGCCACACGUCUCGCGUUUGCACAGUGAUUGUGGUCACAGGAGCCACCGCUGCCCUGCUGUCACCCCGCCCCGGCGCUCCACGUCUCCACCUGCCUCUGCUCUUUGCACGCUGCUGCUGCCCUCAGCCGAGCGCCCACAGACGGCAGGCCCCACGCCUCAGCGUUUCUUUCCAACUUGCUCUUGCUGCCUUUCCCUGCUCUUAACAGACUGUUGCCUGAGAUUCUGUCCUGAAAGAGGGCUCCCUCUGGGCUACUGGAGUCAUACCUAUAGCAUCUAAAGAAGUCCUAUGUGUCUCUUUUGCAGUGUGACCUUGGGCAAGACCCUUCCCCUCUCUUGACCUGCUUCUUUGUAGUAAUAAUACAGUAGCUACCCUUUUUUGAGCAUGUGCUCUGUGCUCCUGCAUUCUCUCAAUUAAUUCUCCCAGAAGGUUGUGAGGUGGAGGUAUUCUCUCUGUUUUAAAGAAAGCCACUGAAGGGGUGAGUAAUUUCCUGAGGUCACAGAGCUAAUGCUUAGUGAACAGGGCAUGGAACCCACCAUCUCUAUCUGGUUCCCCGAGACCAUCUUCUCAGUAUUCUUGAAUGCCUGCCUUCUAUUGAACCUGGGCAUUCUCAGGGCCUUUUGAGCCCUGAUAGUGGAGGUUCUGCAUAGAGCAGCCCUCUGGAUGAACUGGCCAACCUGAAAGAUUUGACAGAUUUCCUAUAUCCUGGCCCACACUUGUUCCCAGUUAAGGAGAGGAUGGAAUCGCUGGUACCAACAGCAUAAUUGGUAAAGCUCUGUGGGGUGUUGUUUGGGCCAGUUAGGCCUGCCAUCUGCUUCUGCCUUAUGUCCGCCCUGGAUCCCACUGAGUGGCCUCCUCUGAUCAAGAAAGUAUUGUAAUGGUUCUGGAGGAUCGAAGCUGGCUUCUCCGGGUGUGGGAACACCUUCAGUCACGGGACUGGGGCCUAACCUGUCCCUGCUCCUCUCUCCUCCAGGUUGUGCACUGAGACCUGGACGUCUGCUGAGGGCAGUGUGCCUCUUUCCUGGGUGUGGAUGACAGGUCACAGGGAGAAUGGAGUGCUGUUCCACAGUUCUUUCACAAACCAGACUGUGUUCCUGUCAUUUUAGAUCGAACAUCAGGGGGACACGCUGGAGAUGGUGAGAUAGAAACAUCAGGCUUCCCAGAAGGAAAAUAAACAGCUGAGUCUGAAGGUGAAUGAACUGGAGAGCUUAGAGGCACCUGGUCCCAUCUCUGUCCUCUUCCUAGGACCUGAGACUUUCGGCCACUUAGCUGCUUUGGGCUUAGUGUGCGGAAAUGUCUGAGGGAUUCAAAGCCCUGGAAGGUACUAGGCAGACCUCAGAGGAGAGCUGCUUCCAUUAUGAUGGUGAGCAUUGUGCGAGGAGGGCAGUCUCUCAGCCAGGGAGACACGCCGUAACAGUGCGAUCAAGAUCAGACCACCCUGAGGCACCAUCGACCAGAAGGGUUCCAGCCAGGCAAACCAGCAGGGCCAGUAUGCUGCAGAGGGGGGCAUUUACCCCCCAUAUCUGCUCUCUGUUCCUGAUCAUCCUUCCCCAAGACCUUUCUGAUCUGAUUCUUCACUGGUACUUAAGGACUAUGGGAAGCUGUCAGAGGUGAAGAAUAGACCUUUUGGAAUCAGAAUCCCUGGCCUUGGGUCCCAGCUUGGCCACAUGACCUGCAUUGUGAUGUUGAGCAAACCACUGAACCAUUUAAUGCUUUUGAAUCUGUUUACUCAUCUUGGGAUGGAGAUCAAGGUGGGGAUAACAAAAAUCUAGCUCAUGGGGUUAUUGUGCAUCUUCAGUGAAAUAAUCCUGAGAGGAAGUCUGGACUGGACUUUUCCCUCCAGUCCCCUUAACAGUGCUCCUCUUUUUAGGAAUUUCUUGGGUUUUCUCUGACCUGAGCCAGCAGAAGCCUCCAACCAGAGGUCCUCACCACCCAUCCUGGGCAGGGAGCAUGUUGUUCCCUUGCUGUUUAUUUCAUGGGUUUGUGGUUACCCCAAGGCUCCCUUCCUAAGCC